UUAACUGAAAUACUAAAUGUAUAGUCAAGGAAACGUAACGAAAGAUAAAAGCUUCAAAGAAAACAGUGGAAAUGAUUACUAUAUUACUUUAUUUCUAAGAAAUUCGGUUGUGUUUACACCUUCUUAACCAAACUUGAUCUUUAUGAUCUUCGCUUUAUAUCUGAAUAUUCAUGUAUGCACGCAUGUUGUGACAUAUUCAAAAAUAAAAUCGAAAGGUAACCUCCAUUUGCGUGUGUAACACUCAAGAAUGACAUCGUCGUUGUAGAAUAGAAAACUAAGUUAAAAAGAAAGAAUAUAAAUGAAAUUCAAUAAAUGAACGGAAAAAGCAUUGUAUAUACUUAAUCGAGAAGGUGCGAAUUAUAAUGGAUACGGAACAACGUUUUUCAUAAUUAGGUACAUUAAAACAGAAUGAGUUAAUAUUAGAUAGAACUUAACAAGCAUAAGGUUUCUAACAUUGUUAAAGAGUCAUUAUAGAAUGCCUACAAUAGCCAGUUCAUCUUUAACAUACGAAAUUCUUAUGUAUCUAAACUCUUUUUAUUUUGGUAUGUUUGCUAUAUGUGAACUGGGUAUGGGCUUUUUUAAAGCUGCAAAUCUACCUUCACCUGGCACAAAUACAACAUUGGCAGAGUUUGCACUUUUGUUCUUACUUAUAAUCACAGAAGGAGCCAGAAUUCAUUUUGGAAGGAAAGGGAAUUUGACAGAACAUGGACUACCAAUUCUUAUCGGAGUUAUUUUAACUGUACCCAGCUCCUUGGCAACGUUAUACUUUCUAAUUUGGCAAAAUUAUGUGCUCAGACUAGAAGUGAUUCUUUGUAGCAUACAAUUGGUACUUCUAGCAUCUGAGUUAAUCAUUUCUAUCUUGUGCCUCAUUGCUAUUUACAAACCUUCGUCUCCAGAAGAAUAAACAACCUCGUUAGUACUUAAGAGUUUUAAUUGAUUGCAUCAUAUUGUAUGUUUCUGGAUAUUAAUAAAAAUUAAAAAUAAUCUAAUCUA